UCUGUGAAGGAUUUUUAUAAAAUAAUGAUGAGGUCUUCUCCGAUACAUUUCUACAUAUUCAACCAUCUCUAUCUAUAUGAGCAGAGAUAGGCUGUAAUUGUUAGUUGAAGCAAGAUCUUUGAUUCUUUGUUGUCCACAUACUUGUUGGAAGGUUGGGAAAUUAACUGCAGCAGUGUUGCUUUUUUAACUGGUGGGAAUAAUUUGUUGGCAAGGAUCUGCAUUCUGGAAAUUGAAUCCACAUGGAGAGGUCGAAAAUAGAAUUUAUGUGCCAUAGCUGAUGCCAGACCAUGAUCUUCCCAAGAGGAACUGAUGGCUAAGGUGGAGGGAUCGUCAGAAAAUAUAGUGCAAGAUGGUGCACAGCCUGUUAAACCACGGAUUCUCCUGGCUGCUACUGGAAGUGUAGCUAGUAUUAAAUUUGAAAGUCUUUGUCGUAGCUUUUCUGAGUGGGCAGAAGUGAGAGCAGUAGCUACAAAGUCAUCCUUAUAUUUUUUAGAUAAAGCAUCACUUCCAAGGGAUGUGAUUCUUUAUACAGAUGAUGAUGAAUGGUCUAGUUGGAAGAAAAUUGGAGAUGGAGUGUUGCACAUUGAACUACGAAAAUGGGCAGAUAUUAUGGUAAUCGCCCCAUUAUCAGCAAAUACCCUAGCAAAGAUUGCAGGAGGACUGUGUGACAACCUACUAACAUGCAUCGUGCGAGCCUGGGAUUACAGCAAGCCUUUGUACGUUGCGCCUGCCAUGAACACCUUCAUGUGGCAUAACCCCUUCACAAAGCGCCAUCUAGAAGUAAUCAGUGAACUUGGUAUAGUGUUGAUCCCUCCCAUCACAAAGAGGUUGGCUUGUGGAGAUUAUGGAAAUGGAGCAAUGGCUGAACCUUCCAUGAUCUAUAAUACAGUGAGGCUUUCUUACAAGCCAUCAACAGUAAAUGGAUCAGGGUGACACUUGAAUGUUCUUAGGUGCCAAUCAAGUUUUCAUCCUAAUAUUUUUCUCUGCAGCUGUCUUGUUUUAUGUACAAUGAAAUAUUUUUUCUUUAAAAAUAUACUUUAGGUGAUUCUCCUUGUUAGUCAGAUGUUUGGUUAUCCUCAUGGGAAUGUCUUGUUGUUUCUUGUACUCAUUGGAGUGACUUUGUAAGUAGGGCUGUUGAAUACUUUGAAAAUCUUCCAAGCAAUAUCUUUCAUCUUUGGUGACCUU